AUGUCGCAAGACACUGGUCUGUGGAGUGUGCGCCGACCAAGGGAGACCUUAGGAGGUAUCAACUACAACUCUGGCUUACCCCAGCCCGCAUCCGCAAUGAAACGGUCCAACUCCAACGCAGGCGCACCGUACUCGAACAGCCAUGCUCGGUCUAUGUCCGGGUCCAGACACUCUCUGGCUUUGUCACGGCCGAGCCAGCCCAUGUUCCAGCGUUCCUCUUCUGGAACCAACUUGGCGGAGAUGGGUCUUUCUUCCGUGAAGCGGACUUCUAUGCGGGACAAAUCCUUCGCGCCAACGCCUGCCCCGGGUCGCACAUCUACUGAUGCCGACAGAAGAAGCAGCGUGUAUCGUGCGCGACCUUCAACAAAUGGGCCCAUGAGUCACCAGUCUUUCUUUCAGCAGGCACCUCAGCCCGCGGGCGUACCGCGAGACCCGCGCCCCUUAAAGGACAGGUCCUACCAGGCCAGGAUUGGGCAAGAACUACUCGAUUACCUUGCGCAAAACAACUUCGAGAUGCAGAUGAAGCAUGUUCUCUCGCAAAAUAUCAUCAAAUCCCCAACGCAAAAGGACUUCAACUUCAUGUUCCAGUGGCUGUACCGGCGCAUUGACCCUAGCCACAAAUUUCAAAAGAACAUAGACCAGGAGGUGCCACCAAUCUUGAAGCAACUCCGUUAUCCAUAUGAACGAAGCAUUACAAAGAGUCAAAUCGCUGCUGUUGGUGGACAAAACUGGAGCACAUUCCUGGGUUUGCUGCAUUGGAUGAUGCAGCUCGCGCAGAUGUUGGACGGUUAUGCCUGCAAUCGCUACGAUGACGCUUGCCUCGAAAGUGGUAUUGAUGUUACUGGUGAUCACAUAAUCUUCGAUUUCCUCAGCAAGGCAUAUAGGGAUUGGCUUUCUAUGGAUGAAGAUGCGGACGACGAAGAUGCCAACCGAGUCCUGGCUCCACAUGUUCAACAGAUGGCGCAGGCCUUCGAACAAGCAAACUCCAAAUACAACUCUGAGCUUGAGAUGCUUGAGGCGGAAAACAGCCGGCUUUUGAGAGAGAUCGAGGAUCUUGAAAAGUCCACACCGGAUCCAGCAGUUCUUGACAACCACUUUAGGAUCAUGGAAGAAGAUAAGGUCAAGUUCGAAGAAUAUAAUGCUCUUGCUUUGCAGCGGUCUGAUAAAUACGAAAACCGAAUACAGGUCUUGCAAGAGGAGCUGGACAAGCUCAUGCAAGAACUCAAGGAAGUUGAGGAUGAGCGAAGAGGACUACAGAAGGCUGUGGACGAUUUGGGCAUCAGUAUGCAGGACAUUGACCGGAUGACGGCUGAACGAGAACGCCUUCAGAAAGGCAUCGAAACAGCAGUUCAGCGAUUGGAAGAAAUCAAGAAAAAGGUCGCAGAAAAAGAUCUGGAGGCGAGUAGAAAACUAGAAGAACUCGAACGGAUGGUCGACAAGUACAACACUCUGGCCUAUCAAAUUGGUUUAAUACCUGCAACAGCUGUCAAUGCCAAAGGAAAAGACUACGAGCUUCAAGUUACAGUCAACGAUGGUCCAGAUUUUAGCUCAUCACAGCUAAAAGGCUCCGGCGGAGCUUCCUCAUCGGACAGACUGCUCGCGGAUCCUGUCACCGGAUAUCAGCCCGCGCACAUUCUCAACCUAGAUCUACGAGGACAAGUGAAGAACAGCUUCCUCACACUGAGAAAGGAGAUCUCCGAAAGGAGAAGCGUCGCUAUGGACAUGAUGAUGAAGGAUCAUGAUUUGCUCGACGGCAUCAAGGAAGCCAUUGAGGACAAGCGUAGCGAAGUUGAAGCCCUCGAACAUCGCGUUCGUGCUGCUGAAGAGGAGUAUGAGAAGACCAAAGAGGUCACGACAGCACAGAAAAUGGCAUCCGACGCCCAGAUUGAAAAAAUGGAAAAGGAGCUCGCCAAAAUGCGAGCGACUCUGUCCGAGUCGGUGCAGCUCAUGGAGCAGCGUGAGAUGAACACCAGUAUCGAGUAUGAACAGCUUGUCCUCCGUGCCAAUUCCUUGAGGGAGGAACUUCACACAGAGAUUGAUCGGAUGCUUAACGACGUCAUCAAAUUCAAGAUUCACGUCCAGAAGAACCUGGAUGAAUACGAGAAUUUUGUAACAGAUGAGUUAGAGAAGGAGUUGGGAAGUGAUGAGGCUAAGGACGAUACCCGGGGUCUGGAUAUGUGA